UAAUACAAUGCAAAAUGAUUUGAGUCUGUGAAGCUGAGAGGAAUGGAAGCACUGGUGAAGAUUACUGCAGUUAGGAAACCAUUCGCUGAUCUGCUUGGAGAACGUCCUGACAGAGAGAUAACCGUGUGAUCGGAGAGGGCAGAUCAGACAGGAGCUCACAGCUGAUUCUGUUUGAGAACUUGACUCAAUACACUAAUAAUACUAUCCUGCACUUCACGAGCGAAAAAGACUCAUGUCAUCAGAAAUUAUACAGCACAUGGAGAGUGACUUUUAUGAGUUUGAGAUGAACUGCGGUCUGCUGCUGCUUCAGACAGAUGAUGCAUCCUCCAGCUAUUUACUGUUUCGAUGAAGCAUCUUCCAGCUAUAUGGUAUAAUGAUAAAAGAUUUCACUGGAACAUGCAGAAGAGUGUCAGGGAGCAUUCAAAGACCUGCUACAAAAUCCCACAGCUUUCAUGUGAAGAGAAGACCGCUCUGACAGCUGACGUCAUGGGGUUCUGCAUUCCUGCCUAAGCUACCAUCGCUAAUGGCUGCGAGGCCGUUCGAGAUCUACAGAUCCAAGUCCACGUAAAUGCCUCACAAUGCCUUCAAAAGUAUCAUGCCUCUACGUGUUGACAGUCGUUUGCUGGGCCAGCGCUCUGUGGUACCUAAGUAUAUCCCGUCCCACAUCGUCCUACGUGAGCCAACUGUCCGUCCCGGCGCAUAAAACGGUGAAAGCAGUCAAGAGCAACUCCACCACAACCUUCAGCAACAUCCGCACACGUCCACUGAACCCCCACGCCUUCGAUUUUAUCAUCAAUGAGCCCAAGAAAUGCGAAAUCAAUGUGCCCUUCCUCGUCAUCCUCAUCACGACCACACACAAAGAGUUUGACGCCCGCCAAGCCAUCAGGGAAACAUGGGGCGAUGAAAGCACCUUCAGCGACCUUAGCAUCAUUACACUGUUUCUUCUGGGACGCAGUACAGAUGCGGUGCUCAACCAGAUGGUGGAGCAAGAGAGCGAGAUCUUUCACGACAUCAUAGUCGAGGACUUCAUCGACUCGUACCACAAUCUUACUCUCAAAACGCUGAUGGGAAUGCGCUGGGUGGCCACUUUCUGCAACCAAGCCAAGUAUGUGAUGAAAACGGACAGUGAUAUCUUUGUGAACAUGGACAACUUGGUGUAUAAGCUCUUGAAGCCAGCCACCAAACCCCGACGGAGGUACUUCACGGGAUACGUCAUCAACGGCGGACCCAUUCGGGACAUGCGCAGCAAGUGGUACAUGCCCAGAGACCUUUACCCUGAGAGCAAGUACCCGCCAUUUUGCUCCGGCACUGGGUAUGUGUUCUCGGCGGACGUUGCAGAGCUCAUUUACAAGACGUCCUUGCACACCAGACUCUUGCAUCUGGAGGACGUAUACGUCGGGGUGUGUUUAAGGAAGCUGGGCAUUCAUCCUUAUCAGAACAGUGGCUUCAAUCACUGGAAAAUGGCCUACAGUCUUUGCAGGUACCGUCGAGUCAUUACCGUACACCAGAUCUCCCCUGAGGAGAUGCAUCGUAUCUGGAAUGACAUGACCAGCAAGAAGCAUCUCAAGUGUUAGUGGGAGCUGCCUGAGGAUGUGUAUUUGUGCCCUUUUUUAAAAAUCCCCAUGAUGCACAGAUGGUAGUUCUUUCUUAGAAAUACUUACAUCCUUCUGGGGCAUUUCAAACCACGCCGAGCCUAUUGUUUGAGAAUCGGGUGGGGAAUGUGCUAUUCGUGUUAAUAUUAUAACUGUGCCAGUCUGUCUGGUUCAACAUGCUGGAGUUUCUUUUGGUUCGGGGGCACAACAUUUUGCAUUUUCUUUGCACAUUAUUCUGGUUGUACAAAUGAAAGUACCAUUGCUUUGUUUACUAUCAUGUGAAAGCACCUGCAUUGUUUUACACAUUCAGAAAAAGUAUUUUCUUGAAAAAGAUAACGCAAUGUAUAGUUCCAUAUUUAUAAGUAUAAAAAUUAUUUUCUUACUCCUAGAAGUUAAACUCCAUUGCUUCAGAAAAGCUCAUGUUUGUAGCUAUGAUGUAAAUCUGUAUAACUAAAGUCAUUAACGCUUGAUAUCAAGUAUCAUUUAGUGAGUAUUUACUGUACAUUGUCAAACCUGUACAAAGAUUGUGUAAGGAUGGCAGUGUAAAUGUGGAAUAUAAUGAAAUUCUAAAUUCUCUAGAAUUUGAUUUCAUUGAGGCCAAAAUGUGGUUCAUGUGUUUUCCUUUUUGAAUUGUCUGGUGUAACUUAGGGGAUCUGACAUUUAACUCUGAAAACAAAAAUGAACAUGUUAUCCCCAU